AUGUUGAAGCCUCAAGAAAAGGAAAUUGCCAAGCCCGGUUCCAUGUGCUAUAUGCCGGGGUCCGUUGUAUUGGAACAUGUUUUUCCUCCUGAACAUGAAGCAGGCAUGUGGCAAUGGCUUUUUGGCAAGCGUGUGACCAGCAUAGUUUUCUCCAAUGUUGGUCCAAGUGAUGGAUUUGUUGGGAUUGCUGCACCUUCUCUAGCAAGAAUUCUCCCUGUUAGUAUUGUUCAUUUUUUUUUAUCAACUAUUGAUUUAGCAGUGCUCGGUGGUGAAAUGUUCCAAGAUGCAUUUCUUUGCUCCAUCAGCGAUGUGAAAGUCAGUAAUGUAGUUGAUCAGAGGGUGCGUAACGUCAUUGCUACUGCAGAAUUUCUUGAGGCAGAAGAUUUCUGGCCGGGGGCUUGCAUUUAUUGUCGGGGGUGGUACCGGUAUGAUAUUUUGACUUCGUGUAAAUUCCAGGAAACACUUCAAUGUAGGUUUGAAGAGUGUGAAUCUUGCCUGAGUAUUGAGGACAACGUAUUUAGGACAAAAAAUUGCCUGUUUUCCUAA